CACCCGGGUUCCAUCCCCAGCUCGGGGGGCGGGGAACUGGGCUGACUCAGGACACCCGGGUUCCAUCACUGACUGACUCCUGCUGCGACCCUGCGCAAGUCACUUUUCCAUCUCGGUGACCGGGCUCCCCACCUGCCCAGUGGGGCGAGAACGUGAACCGAUGUCGUGCCCCGUAGGGGCCAGUGCGUAGCUGUUCCCAGCUGCUCCGUCACAAGCGCUGUUUGCUUUACCCGGCAGCGGAGUCCUGACACGCGAUAACCUGCAGCAAUGGCCACCUCAGAUGAGCUCCAGUUUCAUGAAUUCGACGAGGCAGCCGACUUGCUGGCCGUGAACCCCGAUGCCACAACCACCAGCAUCAGCGAGCGGCAAAGCCACGUGGCCGUGAACGUGGGCGCCGGCUACGAGGAGGGCGAGCUAGGGGAGGAGACAGAUAAAACCGAGCUCCUGAGCGGCCAGAAGAAGCAGCCCAGUUUCUGGACCUUCGAAUACUACCAGACUUUCUUUGAUGUCGACACCUACCAGGUGCUGGACAGGAUAAAGGGGUCUCUGCUGCCGCUGCCCGGGAAGAACUUUGUACGGCACCAUUUACGGAACAACCCUGACCUAUACGGGCCCUUCUGGAUCUGCGCCACGCUGGCCUUCACGCUCGCCCUCAGCAGCAAUGUGGCCCACGCCCUGGAGAAACGGGGCGACCCCUCCUUCCACUACAGCCCCCAGUUCCACAAAGUGACCAUCGCUGGGCUCGUGACCUACUGCUAUGCCUGGCUGGUGCCCCUGGCCCUCUGGGGCUACCUGCAGUGGCGCAAGGGGCGCAGCAUCCACGUGGGCUCGUACAGCUUCCUGGAGACGGUCUGUGUGUACGGCUACUCGCUCUUCGCCUACAUCCCCACCUCGAUCCUGUGGCUCAUCCCGGCUGCCUGGCUCCAGUGGCUCCUGAUGGCCUUCGCCGCGGCGCUCUCUGGCUCUGUGCUGGUUCUCACCUUCUGGCCGCUGCUCCGCUCUGACAGCAAGCCGGCCACACUGGCCACGCUGGCCGCCAUCGUCGCACUCCACGUGCUGCUGGCCGUCGGCUGCAAGCUCUAUUUUUUCCAGACGCUGCCCAGCACUAUCCCUCCGCUGCACCCCCUGGUCACGGCCCAGCACCCCACGGUGCUGCUCCCUCGCCCGGCCAAUGCCUCCGUCCCCCUCCGCCACUGAGGUGUGGAUCCCCCAGCACUGGGCGCAGGCGAGAGCCCAGAGCCGCUGCUGGGCCUGGGCUCCUGCCCCCUUGGGAAGGCCCCUUCCUCCGGCCUCUCCCCCAGCCCUGGAGCUCGGCCAGGCAGCAGGGAGGGGGCAGUAGCGUGGCCAGCGGCUGAGCCCAGGACACUCGGCACAUCUCAUUCUUCCCCUCCCCCUGCACCAGCACUUCCGGCCUGGCUCAGUCCCGGCUGGGAGCAGGGGCCUGAGCUUGUGCCCAGCCAGCGGCAGGCGUCCCGCCCGCACGAACCCCGGGCCCUGCUCUCGGGGCAGCCCUGCGGCACGGAGACGGACACCUGGGCUGGCGUUCGCAGCCCCUGCCCUGCUCUCUGGGGCGAGGCUGGGACAGAGCACAGGCCAGGCCCUCGCCCCCAGGGCAUGGGGGGCAGGGCAGUGCCGGCUGCUCCCUGCGCAAGGCCCAAGAGCUGGCAGCUGUUUUCUACGCAAAGGUGAUUGAAAUAAACAAGUGGGGCUUCCCCACCCAGGA